AUGGGGGACUUCAAUGCAAUCACAACUCACCAUGAAAAGGAAGGCGGUAAAUCCAAAUCAAAUACAUCUAUCCAGGACUUUAAUGAUUUCAUUAAUUCUGGAAAUCUAAUGGAUUUAGGAUAUGAAGGAGAAAAAUUUACAUGGUGCAAUAGGCAGUUUGGAGGGAACCUAAUUAGGGAGAGGUUGCACCGGGUGUUGGUUAGUAGGAGCUGGAGAGAAGAAUUUCCAAAUGCAUAUGUCACUCAUUUAGAAGAUUUUGGUUCAGACCACAGGCCUUUAUUACUGUGUGAGGAACGACAAAUAAGGAAAAAUAAGAGGAGGUUCAGAUUUCAAGAAAGGUGGUGCGAGAAUGAAGACGUAGUUAACCUGAUCAAGCAAGCUUGGAAGCAUGAAAUUGAGGGUUCCUCUAUGUUCAGGCUUGCUGGAAAAUUGAAGCACUGUAGACACAAGUUAGUAGAAUGGCAAAAAAAUUCCUUGUCGAAUUCUCUAAUCAGAAUCCAAAGCAUAAAAACCAGACUUGCUGCAGAAUCUAGUAAAGGAAUUCUGGCUGAUCCGAUUGAUGUUCGAAUAUUGGAAGCAGAGCUGGAAGAUGAGUUGAUAAGAGAAGAAUGGUUCUAG